AUGGAAGAAAAUGAUGCUUUAAUAAAAUCAUCUGAACCAUAACAUACACGAAAUAUUAUAUAGGCUCUAAUAAAUGAGUAAAAAAUUAUGUAUGCUGGAUUAUAAAAUCAGUGCCAUUUUAUGUUAAACUUAGAGAAUACCUUGACAAUUGCCUUAUAAAAGGAGCUUCUGGAUAAACAGUACCAUUAGCUCUACUAUUACCUGUUGGUCUUCUCUUAGGUAGUGUGAACAUAUUGUCAAAAGCUACAACCAAUAUUAUUGUAGGUAGAUACUGAUGCCAAAUUUAGGUGAUUAUAUCCUGACCAAUUUGGUUUAAGUGAUUCUCUAAAUCUGCGGACUUUGA